AUGAGGCGGUUUAAAGAUAAAAUAACGGGACUAUUGCGGGAGUUUGAGCAACGCUUCCAGAUUUUUGGUGAACUGGAGAAGGACUUCAAAGUUUUUUGCUCGCCAUUCAGCGUGAAUGGCUCUGAUCUGCCCGUCAACAUCCAACUAGAAAUAAUAGACUUGCAGUGUGACUCAGAUUUGAAGGGCAAGUUUGCGGCAGCUGGCUUGGACACGUUUUACCAGCACCUCUUGCCAGGUUACCCCAGCUUGACAGCCCUUGCUGCAAAAGUGUUUGUGCAUAACUCAGAAACAAUAAUGUCUAGCGAGACAGAAGGACCGGUCUCCAGGGUAAGCUCUUGUGCACAAGACUUUGUGUUGUUGCUUCUGCGUUUAGGAGUGCAGAGUGGGAAACCUGUGUGUUUGGUAUGUUCACAGCAGGUUUCAGUGCUGAAAGAAUAUAACCUUCGACGCCACUAUGAGAUUCUUCAUGCCGAAAAAUACAAAAACUUGCAAGGACAGCAGAGACUAGAGAAGGUAAAUGAACUUUUGACGGCUCUGAAGAAGCAGCAGUCUGUGUUUUCUCGUAGCCGAGAAAUAAGUGAUGCUGCAGUGAAAGCCAGCUACCUUAUUGCUAAUGAAAUUGCACUGAGGGUGAAUUUGUGA